UUUGUUUAUAGAAUAAGGGGUUUCCGAGAGAUUAUAGAGGAAAACUAGGCUGGAGCAUAUCAAUUUAUUUGAAAUUGUACUUUUUUAUUGUGGGAUUUUCUUAAGUUGAGUAAAAAAAAAAAAAUUAAUUCCACUGCUAUUCCGUAAUACUAUGGUGGUUUCCAGAGCAUAUCGUAGGAUUAUAUUCCUAGUUAUAGUUUUAUUCACUAUAUGUGGAUUAAUAAUAGCAUCCCGUAAACCAAAUCAGCUGAAGUCGCUUGAAUUUUUGGAUUCGGUAACUCAUUUGUCAUUACAUAGUAACAAUGAUCAACAAAAUCAUCCAAGUGAUCGAGGUAAACAUCAGCAGGAUAGUAAACAAGAGGAUAAACAAAAGCCACACCAGCUCGAUCCAUGUACGGUGUUCAAUCCAAUCAAUCAUGGAUUUAUCGAUUUGAGAAGUUUAUCUUCUCAAGGAAAUGAAGGCAGGGCAUUACCAUGGACUUCUAAAGGAUACGAAACGGGGUAUAAUUAUACUUUGGGUAUAUGUUCAUCUCCUUUUAAACAAAAUCAUGAUAAACUCCAUGAAUUGAAAGACGACCUCAAUUCUCUGGAAGUUGGGGGUUAUUAUAUCGAUCCUAAAACCAAUCAAUACGUUUCCAUUGGUCAAUAUAAUGAAAACCCAGUUUUCAAAGGAAGAAAAUUAACCCUCACCUAUGAAAAUGGUUCCUAUUGUGAUAAUCUUGUUGACUCAACAACUGGUAAAAAAUUGAAGAAAUCAACAAUAUUAACCUUUACUUGUGAUCGUGAAAUGUCAGCAAAAGCUCACAUUCUGUACAUUGGCUCAGUUAAUAACUGUAACUACGUUUUUGAAGUUAGGUCCCAUCAUGCAUGUCCAACUGCUGCUAAAGCUGAUAAUUUAGCUGCUGUUUGGAUCUUCUUACUCAUAUUAGUGGCUGCUUUGGCAGUUUAUUUCUCCGGUGGCUUACUAUACAAACAAAUGAAAAGCGCUAGAUUAACUCAAUCUCCCAGCAAAUACUAAUGUGUUUUCUCUUCUCUUCUGUAUUAUACUAUAUUACUGCAUUAUAUUAUUGUAUAGGACCUGGUCAAAAAACUAAAUGUAAGUCUAUUGUGUACUAAAUAAUAUGUCAAUGCCAAAUAAAAAAUCACUUGGCUGAGUGAACCCUGUUUGCCGUUCCGACAUGCAAGCUUAUAUGAACAAUGGUGGCAUCAAUUAACUUCUUCUUUAUUAGUGAAUUAAUGCCGAUGGAAUUUGUUAUCUGAAAAAUAACUUCGGUUGCGAAUAAUGCUUAUCUGCCAC